AGAACCAAAAUUUGUUUGCAUAAAAGAACCAAACUCUAGUCGUAGCCUCCAUCAUCGAACAUGGGUAAAGAUUACCUGAGGAAUCCUUACCAAGAUACCGCAGGAGUGGGCGAGAGCGGUUUGGUCUUACCCUGGGAUGAAAAACUCAUCAAAGAACUAAUCUCCAGCUACGUGAAGAGCAUCUUGGAGCAAUGUAAGCCCCGUAGGGAGGAUUGCGGGGACUUGUAUGUGGGCAAUGCCGGCAUAGCCUUCAUGUUCUGGAAGCUGUCGCGCAGCGAGCAUGGCCGUGAUCUCUGCCCCACAGCCUUGCAGCAUGCAUCGAUGUUCAUACGCCAGGCCAAGAGGAACGCCGAGCGCUUCAAGGAACCUUCGUCUCUGCCGAGCUACUCCUUUCUCAGGGGCAACGCUGGCAUCUAUGCGGUGUCCGCCGCAAUCUCUGAGGCCCUCAAGGACCCCAAGCAGCUGGCCAAGGACUUGGCGAACUUUAAGGCGGCCAUUCCAUCAGGCAAAGACGACGGCGGCUCCGAUUCUAUGUUGGUGGGACGUGCCGGCUAUCUCUCCGGCUGCUACUGGCUGAAUGACAUUCUGCCCGGCAAGAAGAUUCCCGACGAGGACCUGAUCUCCGUUUGCAAGAUUAUAAUAGCCAGCGGUCGAGAGUACAGCACGAAGAACCAUUCCUACUUGCCGCUGAUGUACGAGUAUCAUGGCAUGGAGUAUCUGGGCGCCGCCCAAGGACUCUGUGGCAUUCUGCAGGUGCUCCUGGACAGUCCGUGGUUUCGCAAAGACCACUCCCAGGCGUCAGAAUCGCCGUUGAUGGACAUCUCAGCUCCUGCAGACGUACUGCAUGACGUCAAGCGCACCCUUGACUGCAUUCUGACGCAGCAGGAUGUCGAUGGAAACUUUCCCGUGACCCUGGAGGACGAAGGCGAGAAGCGACUGGUUCAGUGGUGCCACGGUACUCCCGGUAUCGUCUAUCUGAUUGCCAAGGCCUACUUGAUCUUCCUGGAGCCAAAGUACUUGAGGUCCCUGGUCCGUUCAGCCGAUUUUAUAUGGCGCAAGGGUUUCGUUCGCAAGGGUCCCGGCAUCUGUCAUGGUGUGGCCGGCAAUGGCUAUGUGUUUCUGCUGCUCUUCCGUUUGACCCACCAGAGGAUCUACCUGUACAGGGCCCACAAGUUCAUUGAGCUGAUGACCAGCGAGGAGUUCAAGCAGAAGGCACGCGUCCCCGAUAGACCCCACAGCCUGUAUGAGGGUCUGGCCGGUACUGUUUGCUUUUUGGUGGAUCUACUGGAACCGGAGAAGGCCCACUUUCCCUUCAUGGAUGUGUUUCACUAUGAAAAAUAGAUCAUAACUUCUUCCAUCAUUCCCAUACAAUCGAAUGCUGCAGAAAGUAUUUGCGAAAACAACAUACAUGUCGGGUGCAUGACAAGAGAUGCAGAAUAUCUUUUUAAAAUAUAUA